CAGACUGAAUGGAUCAGUUCUAAGAAUUUAGAAUCAAACAACCUACCCAUUUUACUCACCCCUAAUAAAUAUAGCUCUUUUGUAGGAAGGAAUUGGCAGGGAAAAAAAAGAGCUUCAUUUCUGGUGGGGACUGGCAGGUUAAAUGCAAAAUACAUCCUUUCCAUUCAGUGUCAAACAAUGAGCAAAUUUCGCGAGCCAGACUUCGUCGAUGCAGAAGUUGAACGACUCGAAGGGGCGAACUUGUCAAAGACGGAUCGAUGAUCGAUUGAUCGAUAAUACCGUGAAAAAACACCUGAUUUUCCGAAGAGUUUGGUAAUGAUAUAUGUAUGAAAAGAAGAGAGCAAUUGGGGAAGAUUUGUCACCGUGGCUCUACUCUCCAAGGUGGCCGGUUGGAGCCUUCCGUUGAGAGAACUCGGGAGAGUCUGAUAUCAGUUCGAUUCACUUCCUGUGUAUCUCUCUGGUAUCACUCUCCUCUCCUUGAGUUCAUAGAAAUUAAUUAGGGGGAUCUUCAAUCGGCCGUUUUUCUAUUCUAUGAUCUCCCACUCUCAGCAGGCUCAAUCUCAAGGAUUCAAGAGCUUCAUUUAUAUCUUUCCAACGGCCCGGAUCUCGUUUUCCUUGGGAUCAAUCCGUUCGACAUCAAAAAAUAAGUUUGAUUUCUUGAGAAUAUCGGGGACCUAAUUCAUAAAACGUGGAAAGGGAGAUCGCGCGAUAGAGGACAAGAGAUAGAUCGUGCUUUUCCUUGUUCCAUUCUCCCACCGGAUAAACUCGAAACUUGUUCAAUAUGCUUCAAACUGGCUACCAACCAACCAUGACUCGGCAAUUCGCGUUGCCUCCCUCUUUGAACCGUCGCGGACCGUGCUUGGGGAAUCAGGAACCCUCGGCCAGAAUGGGGUUCGGCGAGUUAGCUGGUGAGACGGCGGCAGAGUGCGUGGCGGUAUGUUGCUGCUGCCCGUGUGGGCUCGUGAACCUGCUGGUCCUGACAGUGUACAAGGUACCAGCCGGUCUCUGCCGGAAAGCGUUGAAGAAGAGAAAACACCGAAGAAAGGGAGGGAGUCUCUUGCCUCGGCGGCUGGGUUGCCCCAACGGGUGCGACGAUAACGAGUUCGAGAUACAUCUGAUGCCGGUGGACUCAGAAUUGGAAUUGGAUGUAACGUCCAAGGAGGUUGUUGAGCUUGAUAAGGAGAUGUGGGAUCUGUUCUACGAGACUGGGUUCUGGAGGAGUCAUUCUCAGCUCGGGCGGGAGUAGCAACCAACGGCGAUAACGGUCAGUAAACAGCUAAAAAUUUGAAGAGAGAGAGAGAGAAGCUCUUUCCAAUAUGUUUAGAAAUCAGAUACGUACAAUUUGGUGGCUGGUGCUUCUUUUUCUCUUUUUUUUUUUUUUUUACUUUUUUUCAAUGAGAUCAAAUGAAAAAUGCGAGCAACCCUAUUUUUACUUUUUUUUUUUAACUUUUUUACCCUUUAACUAGUGGGAGUGGAUAUUAUUGCCAAAUGGAUAAGAGUUAAAGGUUGGUAAGAUUGUUUAUUGGUACCUCAGUCAGGGGCAUGUAUUACAAAA